AGCUGUGAGCAGUAGGUGUUUGUUGUGUCUCGUCUUUUGUACGCUUUGGUGCUGUUCCAUGCUUCGUUGUGUAGGAGGUGGUUUCAAACACUGUGUGACAUUGUGAAAUUUUCUGCGUGUUGAUUUUAAAAUUAAAAACCUUGUUACGUAUGUGGAAUACGUAGUGAAAAUAACUGUUCGUAACUGGUGAAAACCUUUCGUUUUGCAUGUAGUGACAUUUCUCUGGGCACGUGUGAAUUUAUGGACAUGUGGCGUUCAUGCUGCUGGUUUUAAAAUCCCUUUUAAAAUCUGAACGACCUGUGAUGCUGUUUUAAACAGGUGAUUCUGUUGGUGAACACUUCCAGUGACAAGUAAGAGAUGCCAAUAAAGACGAUACGCUGAGUGCAGUGCUCUAUUUGGAUUAACCUCGUUUGAAAAGAUGGCCCGAGUUACGUAACUCCAGAAUGACUUCAGCAUUGGAACAGCGUCAUGGAACAUUGCACAAGUACAAGAACAGUAACUUGGUGGACGUGACGUCAGCAAAGUACAAUUCUCUGAUGAACAUGGCGCCUUCCAGGGAGUCUGUGGUUUCCUUCACCAGCACCAAAGGGCUUCUGAACGGCCCAGGACAGAACAAUUGCUUCCUUAAUAGCGCGGUCCAAGUGCUGUGGCAUCUCGAUAUCUUCCGACGCAGUUUCCGAGAGCUGUCUGGACAUGCGUGCAUGGCGGAGUCCUGCAUCUUCUGCGCCCUCAAGGAGCUGUUCUCGCAGCUACAGUUCAGCCAGGAGAGCGCGUUGCCUCCUGACGCGUUGCGCAGGGCCCUGGCUGAAUCCUUCUUUGACCAGCAGCGCUUCCAGCUCGGGUUCAUGGACGACGCUGCGGAGUGCUUCGAGAACAUCCUGUUGAGGAUCCACUUUCACAUCGCCAGUGGCGAGGCAGAGGACAUGUGUAGCGCCCGCCACUGCAUCCCACAUCAGAAGUUUGCCAUGACUCUCGUGGAGCAGAGUGUGUGUGGUGCGUGUGGAGCCACCUCGGAGCCUCUCCCCUUCACACAGAUGGUUCACUACGUGUCCGCAUCUGCGCUGACAGCCCAGGCCCGACAGAAUCCUCCAGGAUCUACCCAUCCAGACAUGUUUGGACAGCUUCUGCGCAAGGCAGGAGGCAUGGGCGACAUCAGAGACUGUCCAAGUGCAUGUGGGGCAAAGAUCCAGAUAUGCAGAACAUUGAUGAAUCGGCCAGAAAUUGUAUCAGUGGGUGUGGUGUGGGACUCUGAACGCCCAACAAUAGAGCACAUAAUGGAUGUGUUUGCAACAGUGGGAACAUCUCUACGACUCUCUGAUGUGUUCCACAGUGUUGUAGACCAUAGAUGGGCUGCCAUGACAGCACAUUCUUUGGUUGGAGUAGUCACCUAUUAUGGCAAACAUUACUCCACCUUCUUCUUCCACACCAAACUCAGGGUCUGGAUAUAUUUUGAUGAUGCUACCGUGCGUGAAAUUGGCCCUCGAUGGGAGCAGGUGGUCGAUAAGUGUCGUCGUGGUCGGUAUCAACCCCUUCUGCUCCUGUAUGCAGUCCAGGGUGGGACACCAGUUUCAACAGAAAGUGCCCCAAAAUCUAUUAUCCCUGUCCCAAUAUCCUCUCCCAACCACAGAGAUUCUACCAAGUCUCCCCACAUUUUCCCUUCACAACCCACAUCAACUUCAACCCCUAACCAAGGUCCAGCAAUCCGACGCUCAAUAACUCCGAGCCCAGAGAAGUCCUCCAAUAAUUCAGCACCCAGGAGGGCAAUCACUCCAAACCCUGAGGGUCCUCAUCACCACUAUAAUCCGCAGAGACAUCAGCAAAUGCUACCUAGACCCUGCAGUGACUACCAGAAUCUGACAGACAUACAGGCAGCGAUCUUCAGUGGUGACAAGAACCAGGGGAUGGAUGUUGUUGAUGGAGACUUAGGCAGUGGAGCGCCCGGCUACAUCAGCCGCAAGACAGUGGAGAAUGUGCUGAGCUACCAGCAGAAGAAACACCAGAUGGUGCAGAGAAGCAACAGCGGAGGGAGUUACACAGGGCACGUUUCUACCUCAGGCAACUCUGGAGAUGGCAUCGCCAUGCCAGAACACUUAAACAUCCCAAGGAGAAGGGACUCUGGCAACUGGAGUGGUGACAGAAACAGUGCAUCCUCAUCGUCAUCAACAUCAAUGGAAAACCCUUACCUAUAUAUUGUUGGAAAGAUGGGGCCACGUAUGAUGUCUCAAAAUGGUCAACAGCAACAGCAGCAGUCCGCAGUGCCCAGGAGUCCAACAGGAAUAAAGCCUGGGGAUCUGUCCAGUUCAAGCAGUGGGCCUUAUGAUGCAGGUUAUGAUUCUUACUCCCUGUCCUCCACAGACAGUUUGCCGCUUCAGCAGGGCCUCAAACACAACUUGCAGCUGACGCAGAUACCAGAAGGACUACAGGCAGGUGGGGUUACAGGCUGCUUGUACCAGCAGACCAGAGUCCCUGCCACGGGAGACGAUUGCGAACGACUAUGCCUCGAGGCAGACCAGCUGCUGGACAAGUCCCGUGCCACCGAGGAGGCCUGCGACUUAGAGACUGCCCUGGUCCUAUGCCAUGCUGCAGUUGGCAAAGCAAGAGCUGCCAUGGAUGCGCCAUAUAACAAUCCCCAGACACUAACAUUUGCACGAAUGAAACACAAUACCUGCGUAAUGAGGGUCCGGAGUCUGCAUCGACGAUUGCUGCAGACACAGCAGGACAUUCAGAGCGAUGGGAUUGACAAGAAUGAAGGUGGUCUUGAAGUGCGUCACAGCAGAGAAGGUAGUGGUGGGAGUGGCAGAAGCUCCAGCAGCAAGUCUGGAGGUCAGCAUUGUCGACAAAGUUCAAAGGACAAGAUGUCUUUGUCCCAGCAUUCUCGACAGAACAGUCGUGAACUGCUGACACAACUCCCAGCAAAUGGUAUCGCUUCAACAACUGACAAGCCUUCAAAAAACAUUGAAAUCUAUGCCACCUUACCAAAGAAAAGGGUGGGAGGAACUUACCGUGGGAAUAAAGCCCGGACAAGCGGUGACAAUGGCCAUAUUGUUGAAGAUGAAGAGUAUUUAUUGUAUGAUCGUCCUGGGCGGGAACGGAGCCUGUACAGUGGCAGGACACUUCUGGGAAAGAAGAAAGAGGAUGAAAGAAAUGCAAGGGAAAAGAGAGCAAGAAGUGAGGAAAGGAAUAAGAACACAAGAGAUUAUACUAUAGCACCAAGUUCUGUCUCGUCGACUCUUCCUAAAGAUGGGAAAAAAGAGAAAGGCAAAGUUGAGGAGGUUUCCAAAAAAGCAAGUGGAAACCCAGCAGGUGAGGCAAAACAAGGGAAGAAGCAACAUAAGAUACGCAGAAAGUUGCUGAUGGGAGGUCUGAUCAGGAGGAAGAACCGUUCUAUGCCGGACUUGCGAGAAGGCCAGGAAAGUGGGGAAGGUGUAGGAAGAACUGAGUUGGCAGUAGAGGUGAAGAGUAUUGGUGCAGGUGUGAAGGCAUCCAAAGAUGAUAGCAGUGUUGGCCUUAAAGGUGUUGAUAAGUCUCCUGGAACAGGCACCCUAAGUGGGUAUCUGUCAGAAGGCCACUUGGAGUAUACUGGUAAUGGGAAUCCCAAUCUUGAGCGGAGCAGACUCAUGAGAAAGAGUUUCCAUGGUAGUGCUGGAAAAGUUCUCCAUGUCCCUAAGGUACCUCCUCCUCCUCCACUGCGUACAACAUCGCAACUAUCAGCCAAGCCUGAUACUCCAUCCAGGGAUAGUUCUGGUAAUGAGAGACCACAGUUUCCUUUACCACCAGAGACCAAUUUUCACCCUGCAUAUUCCCACUUCCACAGACCUGGACAAACCACUGAAGGCAAUAGAAUUUCUCAUAAUCCUUCAGUUUCUCCGUAUUACAACUUUGAGCCCCAAUCGUUACCUUACCUUCCCACCUACAGUUCAGAUAUGAACCAUGCUCAAGCAGUGAAUGAAUAUUUUUACCAACAGAAGGUACAGGGGGAUGCAGUGAUGUAUGCAAAUGGUGGAAUACUCUCUGAUAGCCGGGCCCAGCCCUUGCAUAGUAAUCAGCUAGUCACACAAGCAGAAGUUCACAAUGAACUCAACAGCAGUGUAACACUGUAUACAUGUGAACAAAACAUCAAUGAAAUACAGCAGGACCCAGGUGAUAAUGUGCCUAGUAGUUCUCCUGCCACUUUGCCCUUGCCUCCAUAUCCAAGUCCUCUGAAUUCAGUUUCACAUUCCAGACAAGCAAGUGAAGAUUUUCCACCUCCUCCACCUCCACUAGAUACUGCAGUUGCAACAGAGGCUGUGAAUAAACUCGUAGCAUUUGGCGCUGAAGAAUCCUUCUUGCUGAAUCGUUCUUCAUCACCACAGCAACAGACAACUCCUAGCAGUCUUCUUCUGCAGCUCCAGCAGAAGCGACAGCAGAUUCUAGCAAAGGAUAUGUUAACGUCAACAACAAAGGAAAUGGAAACAGAGGGAACUUCAUCAGGUAAGUCUGGCGAAGAAUGGUUGAAAGAACUUCAAGCUAAACAGGCAGAACGAAAACUGAAGAAACUACAAAGUGGUGUGGGAGAUGCAAUGAACAAAUCUGGACAGCAGGAUAAUGGUUUCAGUAAUGGUGCAAAUUAUGACAAGAAACCAUCAUCAGUCAAGGAUCUGGCAUCAAGAUUUGAAAAUAUUCGCCUUCACAAGAAUCAGGUACCUGUGGGCAGUGCAGAGUCUGAUGUUAGACUCAUUAAAACUAUUACCAACUGUACAUCAAAAGUUCCUGUAACAAAUGGUGCUAGUGGUAGGGUGUCUCCUUUCCUUUGCCAGGAACAGACUACAUCCAGUUCACAGCCUAAUGUACACCUGAACUCAAGUUUUGACUCAACUACAAACUUUGUGACAAACUGCCCACCUAAUUUACGUGAAAACCGUUCAGACAGUGUGUUUGACACUGGUGUUCUCUCUGUUAAGAAACGUAACAGUGCCAGUGGUUCAUCUGUUGAGUGUUUGUUGCCUGUAGGUGGCAGUGCGGUGCUGCAACAAGAAACUCGUGACCUUCCAUUAGCAACAGCAAGUGAGGAGGUGAAGAAAGAGACAUCAUCACCAGGAACAAUAGAGACCAAAGAAACACGAAAGAAGAAUGGCAAGAAGAAGAAUGUGACUUUCUGUGAUCAGGUGAUCCUUGUUGCAACUGCAGAAGACGAGGAGGAAGAUAAUUACAUCCCUAACCCAAUCCUAGAGCGUGUUCUACGGUCAGCAUUCCAUGGUAAGCAGGAAAGUCCGCAGCAGCAUACGGAACCCCACAUUGAAGUGCGUAAUCUUCAGGGCUCUGAGCUUCACUCAGAACCAUCAAGGUCAACAAUGAUUGUGAAGGAAAACUCUUACCAGUCACAACAGCAGAAAGCAGAGAAUCCUCAACAGCCAUAUCAGAAAGUGCCAUUGCAACCUACACAUAACAUCAGCCCGUGCAAUGCAGUCUACCAACACGUCCCGCAACAAACUCAACAUAUGCAACAUCAAAUUCUCCAUCAGACCAGUCAACACCAUGACCCAAGGUCACCUUAUAAGCCAGUAUACCCAGAUAUGCUGAGGACCUCAUCCCAUGCACCACAUUUUUCUCCCCCUACUGUCCACACACCAUAUCAACAUGUACCUGUGCCUCAGCACAUGUACAGCAGUUGUACACCACAACAAAGCCUCUACCAACAACAAAGAAAUAUUCCUCUCCAGCAACAUGUAGCAGCAAACUCAUACCCAGAGCAACAAGGAAACAACCUCUCUGCUGCACCAUUACCAGUAUAUAAUGACAUAUUCCAGAUUCCUCCAGAAUAUCAGCGUCCACCACAGCCUGUCCAGCAUCAGCCUUAUUACCACCAUCAGCAGCAGUUUGCAAAUUCUCUGUCUGGCUUGAGUAAUGGACACUCUCUUCCAUACCCACAGAGACAACCGGUGAUUAACACGACAAUCCAACAGCCCACUGGGCAUGGUACAGACGCAGUAUCGUACCUUCAACACCCACAACAAUUUGUACCACCAUACCAACCUCCACCAGUGAGACAAAUUCCACCAAGUGCAAAGGUUGUGCAAAACCAAAAUAGCAAUAAGGAUGUAGGAAGGCAUCUUGAAAAGAAAUUGCCUCCGGUGAUGGAUAAUGCAUGCCAUCUCUGUCGGAAGAAACACGUGGUUCCCCCUGCAUUAUAUUGUGGUGAUUGUGAUUUCUAUUUGUCACGAUUCAGACCAAGGAACUGAUUUUAUCAUAGAUUAAACUGCUGUUAGUACAAGCGGAUGUUGUGUCACACAAAACAUGAUGCUGCGUCUGUAUUUCACCAUUAACAAUCAAGUUGAUUGCUGAGUGACUGUGAUGAGUUGAUUUUUAAAGAAAUAUUUUUGUAAAAUAGUUCUGUUUCCUAUCUUUUCAGUUGCAUUUCAUUGUAUCAUACAUAGUGUCUUGUAAUAGUUCAUCCUUCAUAUUGGAUUGAAAGUGUGUAAGAUGUGAUAAUUAAGCCCAUGUACAAACUAAAAUUGGAUGUCGAAGAAGUGUGAUCUCAGUAUUGUAGGCUCUAAACUGUGUGUAAUUUUGAUAUUUUUUUAAAACAAAUUGUUAAGAAUGAUUGAAAUAAUGUUAGUAAAUCUUUAUAAUAAUUAGUA